UACUUCGUGAUUAGCUACAGAUAUUCACUUCUAAACAUAAAGUUCCCUCUUUGUGGUUUAAGUUGUUUCUCCUCUUCUACCUCAAAACUCACCAUCAACACAACUAUUCCAGGUGAACAGAACCAUGACAACCUGCGAAUUUUCUCUUUAGAGGAACUGGAAAUCGCCACUCAUGGCUUCUCUUACUCGAACAAAAUUGGAAAAGGUGCCUUAGGUUCUGUGUACAGGGGCCGUUUGCAGGAUUGUUCUAUUGUAGCUGUGAAGGUUCUUUCUGUGGAGAUUGAAUCGAUGCGAGUAGAGAGAGAAUUCAUAUCUGAAUUAGCUGCACUAUCUAGUAUCAAGCAUGAAAAUCUUGUUAAAUUUCAAGGUUGCUGUGUUGAUGGAACCAGCAGAUUUUUGGUCUACGAUUACAUGGAAAACAAUAGCCUAGCACAGACCCUACUUGGCAAAGAGCGAAACAGGAUGAAAUUUAGCUGGGAAGCUAGGAGGGACAUUUCUUUAGGAGUUGCUCGUGGACUUGCCUAUCUUCAUGAGGAGGUUGAACCUCAAAUUGUGCAUAGGGAUAUAAAAGCAAGCAAUAUACUUCUUGAUCAAAAUUUUACUUCCAAAGUUGCUGAUUUUGGUCUUCCCAGGAUACUUAGAGACAAGGUUUCCCAUGUUAGUACUCGAGUUGCAGGGACAUUAGGAUACCUUGCUUCAGAACACGCCAUUAAGGGACAUUUGAGUCGAAAAUCGGUUGUUUACAGUUUCGUAGUACUGCUGUUGGAAAUUAUCAGUGGGCGAUCUGCAGUGGAUUUUGACUUGGAACUUGGUGAAAAUUGCCUAGUUCAAAAGGCUUGGCAAGCAUACGAGGCCAGCAAACUUAUACAAUUAGUAGACCCUACUCUUACUAUGAAUUUCCCACAAGAAGAAGCUCUUCAGUUCUUGAAGGUGAGCCUUCUUUGCGUACAAGAAGUAGCCAGGCUCCGGCCACAAAUGUCAGCGGCCGUUAAAUUGUUGAAUAAUGAAACUGAUAUCCGAAAUGUUCAGAUUUCUCAACCUGGAGUUGCAUCAAAUUUCAAACGUAUCAGAUUACAUCAGGAACACACAUCUGAAAGCACUUCCUCCAGGGGAUCAACCAUGAUGAGCAUGCCUAGUGCUACUUAAUUUUUUCUUUAAUUUUUUUUUUUUGAUGUUACAGAAUAAUCUUAUUAACACACAAGAAUUUACAAUGUAGAAAUCCUAUAGUGGAAGCUUUCUUUAACCAUUUUCUUUAUCUUCUCUGCAAUAGUUAUAUAUAUAUUUCAUAUUUGUAACCUUUCUUUAA